AUGAAUCUGAAGUUUGCCGAUAUGUUUGUCUCGUUUCCUCGUUUGAACAUUUUCCAAAGAAGGAAGCGAGACAAACACGUCGGUUAACUUCAGAUUUAUUCGAAACCUAGGGUUUUGCACAUCACAUUUUAAAAAUGCUUUGGUCGAGUAAAAACUGGUACCGAAAUUCUUUAAUGAUUCUUAGAAAAUGAACAAAGAAGCUAAAAGAAUGGAUGUUUUAGUUCAUAUUAAAGCUUCAGUUCACACUUCGACAAUUUUAUUUUUAAAAUUACUUAAUUGUAAAACGUGAAAACUUGAACAAUAAGAAAGAAAAGAUUGAACAUCGAGUAGAUCGUGUAUAUUGGUGUAUAUAAUAUGCAUCUAACUUAACCCUACAUUCAUUUGUACUUUCGAUUAUUAAUAUACAAAACAAAAUGUCAUAAAAAUUCCUGUAGUUAUAAAUACCUCUUUUAUCAUUUUAAAAGUAUUAUACUGUAAAAUUAUACUGUAAAAGAACGUUGUACGAAAUUAUGACCGACAAAAGUUCAUGCAGAUCUGUGUUUGGUAAACUAAUCGAUUGCGUAAAUUCUGGAUUGAAUUGGAAUGUCAGUCAAAUUAAAUCGGCAUGCCCUCCGAGGAAGAAAAAGACCGAAGAUAAAAGCGACGAAAGCAGAAGAUCGCACGAGGAAAGCAGAAGAUCGCAUGACGAAAGCAAAGGAUCGCUCGACGGAGGUUUAGAUGUUCCUUGUCCUCCUGCUAAAAAAAAAUCACCAUACAACCUGCCUAGUGAGAUUUGUCCAACUACGGCACCUUGUUGCAUUAUUAAAAUGCAGGAUCCUUGUGCACCAUGCUGUUUCGAGGAGAAGCCGAAGCCGCUACCUUGCCCGCCUAAAUGCGGACCUCAGGAACCACGGCAGCCAACUUGCGGUUGCGACCUUUGCCAAAAGAAUCCUGACAAUGAGAAAUGUUGCGACAAGAAUGCAGCUUUUCGCGGUAUAACCAUUGAUCCCAGGUACUUCGAGAAAGCGUGAAUACCUUUCGAAUAAACUUUAUUGAAACGAUACAAUUGUGAUUAAUAAUAAAUGGUAAUAAAAAUGCAAAAUUAAAUCAUCAGGUAAAUAGUACUUAAUCAGGGGUCAUAAUGUGUUUAAUCACGGGUGUUUUCAGCGAUUGGUAUGAUCUAGAAUCUAGAUAUUUCCAAGCUUGGGAUAGGUGUAUACAAAAAUUCUGGUUUCUAAUCGGAUUGAAUAAUUAAAAGAAUUCCUUUUUUUAAACAAUUUAGCUUGAUCAGAUAGUAAAUGUAUUUGAACAUGUUCAAAUAUGAAUUCAGCCAAUUAUUGGAAUCCAUGGAUUCCAUGUAUUAUUUUAUCUACAACAUUCACUGUUGGAACUUCUCUUUUUUAUUACACAUGUUAUCAUUGUUACGAUAUCAUCGCGCUCAUUUCCGAUACUCGGGUGAUUUAACUAUUACUCGAACUCGAUAAUCUUUCAGGUUAGUUUGAAUAACGUUAUCGUAUUAGAUACUUAUCACGGUGUCCUUGAUAAUAUCUGCACAAAUGACCUAUUGAACCAAUUUAUUUAAAAGUUACAUAUAGAGUUACAUAUGUAUACAUUUAUUAUUAUAAUAAUUAGACUGCGGAUCUUUAUGCAUUUAUAAGAAAUUUGAAUGUGCAAGAAACUACGAAAUGCAAACAAUAUGCAAGAAUACAAAAAAGAUUGAAAAUAAAGCUCAUGUUCCAAUAUUUGCAAAAUAAAAUAAAUUCCUAUUUAAAUUCAAUGUUUGUAGUCACGUUUGCGAAGAUUUUAUUUUGCAUAAAGAUCCGCAGUCUAGUAAUAAUAUACAGGGUGGAGCAUUUAAUAUUCCCCAGUAGAAUUUCUCGGAAACUAUAGGAGUUAGCGAUAAAUGUUUCGAACAAAAGUUGCUCAAUUUCGAGGGAGAAAUAUUCUUAUGACCUUGUCUUUCACCUUGAAGGUCAUGUUCUUGAUUUAUGAAUGACUUAUGCAUUCAAACAAGAUGGAAAUGUUUUAGAACAAUUACUGCAACCUAUUUAUGUAACUAACAAUUGAUUAAUUUGGAAAAUAAAUGUAAAAUAAAUAAUCAAUAUAAAAUACAGGGUGUCCCAAAAAUGUUAGUUAACGCUUUUUUUAAUUCAAUGCACUCGACAUUCAAUUAUUUUCUUGUAAUAUUUUAUCAAUAUCAGUGACAUAUAAAAUGUACAUUCUAUGACAUACAAUUUCUUUGUACAAUACAGGGUGUCUCAAGAAUGUUGAAGAUCCUUGAAAAGGGUGGUUCGGGGGGUGAUUUGAAACAACUUUUUCCUUAGCGAAAAUGUUGUCCGAGGCUUCGUUGAGGAGAUAUUAACAAAAAAUUCCGACCAAUCAGAGUGCGAGUAUGCCGGUGGAGCGGCCGUAGUAGCGUAUGAGCGCGGCCACUUAGCGCGCCAGUGGCCUCUACGCUCCACCGGCAUACUCGCGCUCUGAUUUGUCGGGCCCGCAGUAGCGUAUGAACGCGGCUGCCUAGCACAUAGCCUACGCUCCACCGGCAUACUCGCGCUCUGAUUGGUUGGGGUAGCGUAGGCUACGCGCUCUUAUUGGUCGGGGUUUUCCGUUAAUAUCUUCUUAACGAAGCCUCGGACAAAAAUUUCGCUAAGGAAAAAGUUGUUUCAAAUCACCUCCCGAACCACCCUUUUCAAGGACCUACAACAAUUUUGGGACACCCUGUAUAUUUAUAAUAAAACAUACGUUAAAAAGCACCCAUCAUUUAAUUUAAACAAAUGUCUUCAAUAAACAUAGAGGUUACGAAUGUGUAUGAGACUAACAGCGUCUUACCUAUCAAAAUGCUUGGAUAACUUUAAAUGGUCCACCCUGUAUAUUUUUAAAUGCAGAGGCACAGAAUUAAUUUCUACAUGUAAUAUAUAAACCAUAUUAUUAUUAUUAUUAUUAUUAUUAUUAUUAUUAUUAUUAAAAUUUAUAAUUGUUUAAAUUGUAAAUGAAUUUAUAAACAGAAGUACUAUCUAAAAAUGGAAGUUAUUUAAAUAAUGAGGCGAAGAAGUCUUAGAUGAGAAGAAAACGGGUAAAAAAUGAGAAAUCCCAAAAUUUCUUGAUAAUGGAACCACCCCAUAGACAUGCUCUACAAGGUGCAACAGGUUUCAUCCCGAUUGGUCAAGCCAUCUCGGCGUAAUCGAGUAACAUACAUUUAAAAAAAAAAGGAAAAAAAAUGUCGAAUUGAGUACCCUCCUCCUUUUCGAAGUUUCGGUUAAGAAAAUGGAAAGUUGAAAUAUAUUCCUAUACCUAUAAAUAUACCCCUCCUCCUAUCCUUAUAAAUAUCCUGAUUUAACAAAAAAACAGGAUGAAGCUCCCUCAAUUAAUAGGAAAUACUUUAUGUCGAACCGAACUUAUGGAUGUAAUGCUUUCAAUGUUUAUUUCGAACUGAACUUAUGGAUCUAA